AUGGCAAUCCAACUGAUCAAGUUUUCUGUACUUGUCUUUGGAGUUGUCGCAAGUUUCAUCUCAGUGGUUUCCGCCACUGCAGGAACUGCCACUGUGAAUACAAUUUAUGUUCCAUCUGCAUGCUUUGGCUACGAAGACCAAGGCGUUAUGACUGCAGCAGCUAGCGAUGCCUUAUGGGACAAUGGUGCUGCAUGCGGUAGAAUGUAUAGCGUUAGUUGCACUGGCCCUACAAACCAAGGAGUGCCACAACCGUGCACUGGUAGUCAAGUAACAGUGAAGAUUGUUGAUUUUUGCCCACCCCCUGGAUGCCAAGGAACUCUCGACAUCGCUCAAGAAGCCUUCUCCCAGAUCGCCGACCCUGCUGCUGGAAAAAUCACAAUUGAAUACAAUCAGUAA